AUGCGAGCCACUCGUUUAGCAAUUGCCAGCAGCCUUUCUCUGGCUACGUCCAUUGUUUCGGGUUUUCCUUUCAACGUUGAAAAAACCAGCAGAUGCGCCGCCGUCAACGGAUCGUUUUCAAUUGAUAACUAUAAGCUUUAUCCAGAGAACUUGGAUUGGGACCCGGUCCAUUGCAAGCUCUACAUCAGUGCCAACUUCAACUCAACUGUUCUGGUUUACGACCCAUAUACAGCUACCUACGAUAUCCUCAGUUUUGAAGGAAUCACCGGAACGGAUCCCUAUCAUGUAUCCGGCAUUGACUACGACUCCUCCACUGGCUCAAUUCUCAUUUCAGCAAACAGCGGUAGCCCUUUUGUAACUUCCGGUCAAAACAUGACGGGUUCCAAUAAGGUCAUCCGCUGGGAUACCAACGCAAAUUCGGCUGCCUACACGGCCGACCUGGCUGAGUUCAGCGCCAAGCUUGCCAUUGGUAACGUAACUGGCGGCGGAUACCAGGAUUUUGCAGUGGAUAAAGAAGGCAACACUUACGUGCCCGUCGUGUUCCACGUCCCUGGGAUAGCGAAGAUUUCUGAGGCCGGCGAGGUGUCGAGCUGGUAUCUUGGACAGCCAAGCACAUCAAGCAAGUACAUCUAUCUCGGCAUCGUCUACCACGAAAACAGCAACAAGCUUGUCAUCACAGCACCAUAUCUCGGUACAUUCGUCACCUUUGACGUGUCUGCCGCCAGUCCGGUUCCGACCAACGUUACCAUGAAUGGGUGGCCUUCAGACGGGUCAUACAGUGCCAGCAAUCUUGAGUGCGAUGGCCUUUUAAACCCGGCUCGGUACAGUCGCAAUGUGUUGCUUUGCUCUGAGAACGGGUUACAGGCAAUUACUCUCUGGGCGUCGAGAGAUGGAUUCGCAUCUGUAGAGUACAUUGGCCAAGUUGCGGACAAUUCCACGGCGGACAUCGCAACUUGGGCCUCUCCGACAGCCACUGUGGAGAUCGGUGACAGCAUUUACGUCUCGCAUGAGUAUUUUCACGAUCUGAACGAGUUUGAUGUGGCGGGCAAUCGCUCUAGCUUUCCGUUUGUGGAUGUGACAGCUGAGCUCGAUGCACUCGUCUCAGCUUCCGGAUACAACAUUAUCCAAUUAUGA